GGCGUCGGCUGGAUGGCUGCGGGGACUGGAAUGGAUGGAACAAUCAAAAUCACUCGGCCCAUACGCGUUGCCCGCCCAUCUCUCUCUCUCUCUCUCUUCCUGCGCCCACACGCACGUUUCCACUCCGACCGGGCCAGAGCCCCGCCGGGCAGUUUCCGUUCGCUGUUGCGAUCCACCUCCUGCCUGCACAUCCCCUCCCCCGAGUUCGAGCCGGAGGGCCGAAGAGUAGAUCUGCGGCGGCGGCCAGAGGAUGGCCGUCAACUGGGAGCUGCGGGGCUGCUGCGACCACGACCAGAGGAUCUUCAUCGCCGCCGUCGGCGUCUCCACCGUCGUCAUCCUCCUCCUCUGGAGGACGUUCCUGCUCACGCCGUUCAAGCUCAUCACCGUCUUCCUCCACGAGACCAGCCACGCGCUUGCCUGCAAGCUCACUUGCGGCGAUGUAGAAGGCAUGCAGGUCCAUGCGAAUGAGGGUGGCGUUACUCAAACCCGGGGUGGCAUAUAUUGGAUAAUCUUGCCCGCUGGAUAUCUGGGUUCAUCAUUUUGGGGAAUGGUCUUCAUACUUGCAUCCACAAAUCUCCUCACUACAAGAAUUGCAGCGGGUUGUUUCAUACUUGCAUUGUUUAUUGUUCUUUUUGUUGCAGAAAAUUGGUUUCUUCGCUGGCUCUGCCUUGGAUUCAUUGUGUUCAUUGCUGUUGUUUGGGUCAUACAAGAAUUUACAUCUUUCCAUGUUCUGAAAUAUGUGAUCUUAUUCAUAGGUGUGAUGAACAGCUUAUUUUCAGUUUACGGGGAUUCAUCUCGUUUAUCUUUCUCUGCGCUUCAAUAUACCUUGGACUGGUCAUAUUGUCUUGAGGGUUCGCCAUUUUGAUCUGACAAUCGACUCUGGUUGGCUUUUUCGAAGCUUCGUUGCUCGAGGUUUUGGUUCAAGCUUACAAGGUUCUGGUGGUUGUACAGUAUACAUGUGCAGGGUAAACAUGUACAUCCAUUAUAAGUUAAUUUGGUGGGGAUUAUUCAUGGGAUUCUUCGAUUUUAGUGGUUCUAUAGAGUACCAUUUUACUUACCAUUACCAGUUGCAUUUAUGGUCUGUAGCCUCUUCAAUUUAUGUACCUGUAUAUCAUAUAUUGCUCAUUUAUCCAUUUCAAAACGUAUUCAGAGAUGCAAUAUUGUGCAUCUUAA